GGAUUACACUUGUACUUCGGUAUGACAUAAUGGCGGGAAGAAGCAGCGAGCGUUUGUCUUGGUUGACAAGUGACAAAGACAACGAUAAAGCCCCGGUUGGCAAUGUUAGAGCUAGUAUUUAUGAGAAAUUCAAAUUAUGGGGAUUACUUAGUGAAACAGAGGCUGAAAAGGCGGAAAGAUACUACACAAGGAAGAUGGCAGACACUUUUGUCAUCACUGGAACUCGGCCUCCUUCCUCCUCAGGAAGUCGACCUCGCAGUGGCUACCGCAAAGUGAGCAACACAGCAGAAGUGGACGAGACUCUCUUUAGAUCUCACAAUUUUACACAAGUACAUGACAGUCAAAGCAGUAAAUUCCCAUUCCAAACAAAAACUCCAAAGGAGAAGAAGAGAGGCCCACCUUUGCUCUGGGCUCCAAGCCCAACAGAGCAAAAACCUAGUAAUUACCAUAAUUUUAAACCUCGUGUCAAUCACUCAAGUGAGUCACAGAGGUAUAGAUUUCACAACCACAAACCUACUUUUGUUGAUGAAACUCUCUUUGGACAUAAACUGGAAGAGCCAUCAUUUGAAGCCCCAUGGGCAGAAAAGAAAAAGAAGCCUCCCGUACUAAACUGGGCACCUCAAGACUUCUCUUCAUCAAGGCAAAUGACUCAAGCUAAUGCCAACUCUGUGAAUGAACCAUUUUCUUUGGAUGGAAGGCCACCUUCAAGACAGGGGAGGCGACCUGCUAGCACCAGAAACAGACCUUGCACAGUGGAAAGUGUAGCAAGUUCACGGUCCUAUUGGAAGCCAUGAAUUCUAUAUACUGGAUAACUCUGUUGCUCACCUGAAUCGAUUGCUUAGUCAGUAUUUUUUCUGAUCCUGGUACAGUGUAUGUCCAGAGUUUAUUUGAUUUGUGAUUCCAUACUUCAAUCCUUUUUAACCAUUAUUAUUUUUAAUAUUUAUGUCCCUUUUUAGAGGCUGAUGUUUAAAAUGGAUAUGUUUAUAUAAGAAAAUUAUUCAAAAUCUUCUUGCACAAGAAAUGGUUUGUGUGAUAUAAUUGAUUCAAUAUCAUAUAUGAAAAUUAAUUUUUUUUGAUCCAGGGUGCCAUUUACAUGUAUUUUGAGUUAUCAUAAUCUAAAUACAUGGUGUGUAUACUUGUAUGGAAAUUUUUAUAAUACUUUUCCCUAAAUGUAGCAAAAUUAUGUUGCCUCAAAAUGCAUCUUGAAUAUGAAUUCCACAUAAUUGACACUUAAUUGUUUCUGCAAGGUAUGAUUAAAAAAAUAAGAUCAGGAUGGGGCUGCUUGCAGUAUAGGAUCCCCUGUUUUACUUAGAAUAUAUCUCAUAAGUUGUUAACCGGCUAACAUUAAAUUGUAGGAAAGUAUGUGUAUAUGUAACGGAACAUUGUGCUAGUUAUAUGACUUUGAGAUAAGCGUUGAAAAAUAAUAGCUUGGGGCAAAGAUCUCAUUUUUUCCCUUUAUAUAUUAUGGCAAUGCAAUUCAUAGACUAUUUUUUUUACAGCCUCAGUUGGAUUGCUGUAAAUGAACAUCAAAUUUAGAAGUCAUAAUCUUCUUUAUCAACUGAUUAGCCCAAUUAUGAAGUAAACGCACUUUAGUCUUACAAACAACACGUAUUAAUUUUAAUCAUUUAUUAUAUAGCAUGUACUUAAUUGGCAGACAAAAAAGCUAAAAGCGCUAAAACAGGACCAUCGCCAAAAUUAUUUUGUUAACUGUUUCAUUUUUAUUUUAUAUAUAUAUUUUACUGACUAGGUUCUCCUGCGUUUUUUUUUUUUAAAUUUUUUUUUAUUUUUAGAGAUUCCAAAAAGGAAAACAAAAUUGUAUUGCUUCUCGCUGCUUCAUGAUGUCCUGCAAUGUCAACUUGUUUAGUCUUUUUUCAACAAAGACUACCUGUCAUCUGAAAUUGAUUUUUUUUUUUCAAAGAAGCAAUAUAUUGUAUCACAAUUUGGCAUUUUUAUAAAAAAUGAUGUAACGAUACUAAAUUUAUCAUUAAAUUUUAUUUUGUUUUAGGGCCAGUUAUAAAAGAUAUGGCCAUAGACUUGUAUUGUUUUGACUGUGCUUCGUGGCCCAAUUUUUUGCAGUGAUAAAUUUAAGAUAAUUUUGAUAUAUAUCAUGACAUAUUUGAAUUUCUUUAUUCAGAUUAUUUGGAUUUAUUCUUACGUCUACCAAAUUUGGUUACAAUUGACGUUAAAUACCGGUAAAAAAUAAAAUAUAUGAUAAAAGCCUACGUAUUUUUGAAUGAACCAUAUACAUGUAUAUUGUUUUUUAAAGAAAAUCUCAAGAAAGGGGCUCAUUAAAUACUUUUAGGUGAAAUCUAUUAAUUUAUUUUAUUUGGUGGAUUAAGUGUGCAUGUGUUUAAAGAUUUUAAAAUGUGUACAUAAAUGUAUAAUUUUAUCAAUCUGUGCGAAAGAAUACCAAGUUAAUUUUCAUGUAGAAAUAUAUAAUUCUGCCUCUGAAAAGACUUUUAAAAAAUUGUACAUUUACUUUGUAUAUUAUAGGUUUAGUCUAAAGUUUUUACAUACUGUAUUUGUGCUGCCAUUGAAAACUUAUCAACACUAAGGUAAUUUCACUUUGUUCAUCAUUCUAAAGGACAAUUCUGGAAACUAGAGAGCCCCGAAAGCUUACACAUGAUGCAGCAAUCUCAUGUGUAUACAUGUAUUACGUCUUUAACUCAGAUGUGUUAAACCAACUUCUUUGAUGUAAAAAAAAGUUGUCACAGGUAUUGGGGUUUUCUAAGUUUUGUUAUUUUGAUUGUUGUUAUAGGUUGGUGAAAUGAAAAUAUCUGUAUUGUAAAAGUAUGUGUAUUUUGAUGAUAAUAAAAUUUUAGUUUCCAAUUUGAA